AUGCGUUCUUUCUUCACCCAGCUGGUAUGUUUAGAGACUGCCACGAUCAAGCUUGAGAUCUGGGACACUGCAGGACAAGAGAAGUACCAUAGCGUUUGCCAUCUUUAUUACAGGGGGGCGAAUGCUGCCCUUCUUGUAUAUGACAUAGCCAGAAAGGAGGCGGAGGAGUUUGCAAAGAGCAAAAGCUUAAUUUACAUGGAAACGUCUGCAAAAUCCAACCACCAAGUGACCGAGGUGUUUAUGGCCAUAGCUCACGAGUUCUUGAAACAGGAACAACAGAAGGAACCAGCCCUUCAGCCUCAGCCCUGGAAGAAGUCACGCAUGGAUCUGCGAGAGCCAAGCAAUCACACUAAGAAGUGUUGCAUGAACUAAAGGAAAUGGCAGACUGACCUAAGUGUUCGAUUGAAGAACUGUACGAGAGGAGAUAUUGCUGAAGGCAAGGAACCGGAAAAGCACUGCAAGUCUCCUCUCGCUUGUUUGUUCAGUUUUAUCAUUAUACAC